AAGCGUUAGCCAUGGACGAGGGUCAGACAGAAGAGGAGACAGCAUUCGUCGUUGAAGAAGUGAGCAAAAUUAUUAAAGAGUCAGUAGAAUCAGCCAUAGGAGGAAACGCCUAUCAGCACAGUAGAGUGAACCAGUGGACCACCAGUGUUGUGGAGCAGUGCCUCAGUCACCUCAGCAAGCUGGGGAAACCAUUCAAAUAUAUAGUAACCUGUAUCAUCAUGCAGAAAAAUGGAGCAGGUCUGCAAACAGCAAGUACAUGCUUCUGGGACAACUCUACUGAUGGAAGUUGUGCUGUGAGAUGGGAGAAUAAAUCCAUGUAUUGCAUCGUCAGUGUUUUCGGGCUGGCCAUUUGAACCACCUACAAUGUACUUCAGUUUGAAUUAUGUAGGAUUUUGUGUUUUUUUUUUGAGGACUAGCGUGUGUUAUGUUAAGUUGCAUUUCAUUUGUUUGUAUUUUAUAUAAAGCAAAAUGUAUUAAAACAUAACAAUACUGUGUAAACUUUGCUUUAUUAAGCUACAAUGUACAGCUUUGAUGUCAUGAAGCAAAUGGUAAUUGCAAACUUUUAACACAUCCCGACCAACAACAAUCUCAUUUAACCACCUCCAGUGAUCAUCACUUACAUUCACACAGACUCACUUGAAAAUGUACAUUUAUGUCAAAGCAUUUACACACUGGAGACUGCUGCUUAUUCCAAAUAAAGAAAAGUGGUAAAGACAAGGCACCAUCUUGAUAAGUGUACAUGUUGAGAUAUCUGUAAAUAAUAGAAGAACAUUUGUUUUGGCUUUGAGGGCAGCAAGUCUCACAUUGUUGGCAUUAUUAAGUAAUACAGCUGAAAAACAUGAUUACAUAAAGUUAUAUAUCUUACAUAAGGCAAAACAUGUUUUGCAAAUGAUACAACUAAACAUGCUGGAAUAAGAAAUGUUUCACAAGAUUGAGUCUAUUUACAUAAAGCUGUGUAAAAUUCACACACGUCUUCAUCCAUCCUGGCAGUCAUAUAAUAGUGUACCAAAUGUUAUCACUUUUUUUGGCAAAAUUACAAUUAUUAAGCAAGUGCAAUUACAAAGCUGCUUCAGAAAGAAGAGGAUUGUUAAUAGAUCAGUGGCAAGAACUCAAAUAAUGGUUCUCUGUAUUAUCAUGAAUGUUUCAAAACUUGACAUGUCUUAGCCAGUAAUGCUUUGGCACUUGGAUUUCCUGUUCAUCACUCAUGUCAGAGAUGAGGAUUCACAAUGCACCAUUAAAAGUGCAGUGCA